ACUGACGGAGGAUGGGUGAGUUUGGCUAACGGUCUUUUACCGUUUAUCGGCGGCUCGUUUCUGUCGGGAGCGAGUCUGGCUGUCGCUGGGCUGCCUGUUUCCUCGCCGAGGAGGGCGGAGCUUUCUUGGCCUUUGGGGCCUUGACCCGCUUCCUGAAGCGAGGCGGGUUGCCAGCCUCCAGGUGGGCUCUGGAGACCUCCCGGAACCGCCGUUGAAUUUUUCCCCAAGAGAUCCGUUCCCUUGGAGCAAAUGGCAGCUGUGGACAUUCAACAAGCCUGCUUUGGGCUUUAUUGUGGGAGAGCAGUAGCAAUUGUCAAUGGAACUGAAAUCCAUGGAGACUGUGGGGUGUGUCCCAGAGGACAGAGAACGGACGACCACAAAAUCUGCCGGCCAUGCGAGGGAUCGCCAGAGCGCUACGACUGGCUCUAUCUCGGCUUUAUGGCGAUGCUUCCUCUGAUUUUGCAUUGGUUCUUCAUUGAGUGGUAUUCAGGCAAAAAAAGCUCCAGUGCCCUGUUCCAGCACCUGACAGCUUUAAUCGAGUGCAGCGUGGCGGCGAUUGUUACGCUGCUCGUGAGCGAUCCUGUGGGCUCGCUGCAGAUCCGGUCGUGCAAGGUGAAGAUGCUGUCUGACUGGUACACCAUGCUUUACAACCCGAGCCCGGACUACGUCACCACUAUUCACUGCACCCACGAAGCUGUUUACCCUCUAUACACCAUUGUGUUUAUAUAUUACGCCUUCUGCCUAGUACUGAUGAUGCUGCUUCGGCCACUCUUGGUGAAGAAAAUCGCUUGCGGGCUGGGGAAGUCUGAUCGAUUUAAGAGCAUCUACGCAGCUCUCUACUUCUUCCCGAUCCUUACGUUGCUUCAGGCAGUUGGAGGGGGCUUGCUGUACUAUGCCUUCCCAUACAUCAUCCUAGUGUUGUCUCUCGUCACCUUGGCUGUGUACAUGUCAGCUUCUGAAGUCGAAACUUUCAAGGAUCUCCUCGUCAGGAAGAAGAGGCUGAUCGUGCUCUUCAGCCACUGGGUGCUUCACGCCUAUGGGAUCGUCUCCAUUUCCAAGCUGAACUACAUUUCCCAAGAUCUGCCUCUGCUCGCUCUGGUGCCCGCCCCAGCUCUUUUUUACUUGCUCACCGCCAAGUACACCGAGCCUUCCCGGAUACUCUCGGAGGGAGCCAACGGACACUGACCUUAACCGAUGCCAAACCACACAGGCAGCAGACUCUGUGAUCUUUGGAGCAACUUGGGCCCUUCUGUGCUUCUCGUCUCAGAGACGUUGUUGGUUCUCUCUGGAACACUUCCCACAUAAUGCUUUUGGGGAGGGGGGGGGUCAGCAAGACCACAAAGCGGACUCUUCCGUCCACAAGCUACUGAUGGACCACCCAUUGCUGGGAACGUCUCACCAACAAUAGGAUCCAAAGGUCCUGUUGACUUCAGUGGGAAAGGAUCGAGGCCUGCCUCUGUGCAAACGUCAGGGUCGUAGCUAGCAGGGGGCAUGGAGGGAGGUGCCCCCUAUAGAAUCUGCAGGGGGUUGCUGCAGAUUCUAUAGGGGGCACUGCACUCCGUGCCCCGCUGCCGGCUGCGGCCCUGCCAAACAUUCAUGUGUGAUGCGUGAAUGCGAACCAUUUUGUACUCUAGCCUUGGGAACAUGGUCUGAAUAACUUAUUUAUUUCACUGUACAGUAUUGUAAUCUCAUCUUUAUUAAAAGUAGUAAAAUAAAGCUUCUGUGUUUAUAACAA